AUGAUGGCUCCAGUAACACCUUGGAUCGCAAUUUUGGCCGAACGAUGCCUUUCGUUCUAUCUCGGUCGCUCGGACGAUGGGAUUCAGGUGAAGGAUUGUGAAAGCUCACUGACCUUCAGCUUUGGCGCCCUUCCACCUAAGACUGCUAUUGUUGUGACUUGGGGCCAAGGAGACUCGAACUGUCGCGCUACCUUCACAGACUCGCAAAACCAAAUUGAAGCCGUUGUCUCACGCGAAUCACCUAAUGUGUCCGGAGAGGCCUCACUCUGCCCGCCGUCAACGAAAGGAGGCCCAAGGCAUCUUGUUGAGCUCCCUGAGAUAAAGCUAGUGUUCACCUACUCAGCAUCUACACCGGAACUUGAGCUUCACAUCGGUCGCUUCCAGAUUCACCAAAAUGCGGUCUCCAAAGGAGACGCACCUAAACCAAAGCUCAAGAAGGAAACAAACCUCAAACCCCUGAUUGCUCAGGCGUAUCGAAAAGCCCAAAAGAACCCACAAGAAUCGGGCUCGCAUCACCAAACCGGUGCUGCUGUGGAUGACAAACCCCUCUCUCGACCAAAUUCAAUCAAUGUAUCCCAACGAUCUCAAAUUGCCUCGGGGUCCCAGGGCUUCCACUCACAGGCCCCUCUUCAUAUCCUCCACGAUCAAUCAAAAAGUCAUUCCAACACGAAUCGUGUUUCAUUGGGUGGUUCAGCAGAGCUUUUGGCCUUUUACGCAAACCAUGUGUCGGCUCAAGGUACUCCCGUUAUGAACAAAACACCAGGCGCCCCUCAAUCAUCUCCUGGAAGGGGCGGUCGCCAGAUGUCCCCUUCGAAUGAAGACACGGAGUUUGCCGUACCGAAAAAUCCUGCCGUCCGACAUCCCCAAGAGCGAAUCACAGCACAAUCGUGUUCCGGUCAAAAUGUAGGAUUGCUUAGCGAAAAACAGGAUGCAACACAUACCACCAAAAGCCGUACUGAGUCAGUCAGCAUUAGUAGCGAUGAAAAUAACGGCACAAGGGGCUUAGCGGGAGCGCAUACGAACCCUGCUGAACGCUCAGCAACCAGAAGGCCCGAUGCUGAUCCAAUUUACACGGCCGAGGGAGGCGAUAAGCAGCAGCCUUCAAAGAAGAGACACCGCGAGAGCUUAGGCGCACAGCCACAAACAACACAUGAUAAAGACAUGUGUAAUACAGAUCCUCAAAACAUGGAAAUUUCAUCGCCUUCCAACAAGCGACAGCGUACGAAUGCCAAAGAAGCGGCUGGAGUUGCAAAUUUAUCAACCGAACGGGUGUCAUCAGUCUCGGGUGUACAAGGCAUCAGCAGCAAAUUAGGCCCCACUGACACGCCUACGAUCAAUCAUUGGGAAGGAAUGACGAAGAUACCCGCACAUGAGGUUGAUAUUCCGAAAGAUCAAGCAGAGCUCCUUGAGCAGCUCAAAUGGAUUCCACAAGAACCUGGUGUUUCUGCACUUUUAUGCCACGUGCCACCCCAUCUCUUAUCCCGGUGGAAUGAGAUUGCGCGUAAAAGGCACAUCGUGGCGAACCAGCCCGAGCCAAGUCCUGAACGCCCUGUUACCCCAACUCCUCAAGGUACCAAUCCAUCGACUGCUGAUUAUUCAUCGGAGGGCGAGAAACUAUCCUGGGACGAAAGCAGCCGGGAGGGCUCACCUGAAAAUGCACUCCCUGAGGACACGCCCCCUAGGCAUAUAGUGGCGUUGGCGGACACACAAGACAGUGCCAGUCAAACCAAGGAGAAUGACAAUGGGGACACGGAGAGUGGAACUCAGAAUCGCUCACCAAGUGUGCGCGCGGGGUUUGCCGGCUCUGAACCUAUUUUCAACACAACAGGAGAAGGGCUUUUCAGGUCUCCUGAUAAGUUGAAACUUAACACAGUUCGACGCCACGAGCACGCCACUGGCAAUGUCUCUUCCCCAAGUCUCAAAUUUUCAAAGUCUCUGGAUGCCCGACUCGAUGAUGAGCCUUCAACUCCCAUACAACACUCUCCUCGUAAACAAUCAAGCUCGAGAGCAAUGCCAGUUGCGUCUAGUCCUCAAGAUAGACAAAAUGUUGACGGAAGUGAUGAUAGUGCCGAUGAGAUGGAAGCAGCUGUUCCUUUUGCGUUGGGUCAAAGUGUUCCAUUGAGCAGUCAGCCCCAACACGAAACUACCAGCUCAGGUUCAUCGCUUCCAGGCAUGGCUGAGGGGCGUAUUCAAGUGAUAGAGACACCUAUCGCCAGUACCACACGCCUUCGAAAGAAGAAACGAGCUAGCCGUGAAAUUUGCAGCUCGCAGCCACUACCCUCUGAGGAUCCAAAGACCUCGUCAUCGUCUCGCAUUCGCAACACCUACUGCUCACAAGAAAGCCAAAAUCAAAGUCUUGUGUUCAGUGGGGCAAAUAAUUCAUCCCAGUCGGACAAACAAAGAAAGUCACCGCGCGUAAGCGGGCUUGGCCUGCAAGCGCCAUCACAGGCCACUCCUCAAUCGUCCUCGGAGAUUGUGCUCGACUCGUCAAAGUCCACUCGACACCAGAGAGGCUCAUCAAUCUUUCAUUUGGAGUCCGAGGACGACGCAUCAUCUUUCCCUUUUCCCAACUCACAUCCGCCGGCUAUAUCUCACUCCAACGAGAUAAGCCAAGACGACCCGAAGUCACAAGGCAACAUUAACCGGGACUCGAGCAUGUCUGUACCACCCUCUCAGCCUCCUCGGGCCCAGCCCUCUGGUGACAAUGAUCAAACCCAUGAUGAUACCCACAGCCCAAAUGCUGAGAUAGUGACACGACGUCAAAGCUACCUCGGCCAAGCAGACAAGUCUGCUGAAGCACAACUGAUUUAUGAUAAUUUUUGUAACGCUUAUCCACCAUAUUCCGGCGAGUUCUCCCAUUUUGCCGACAUGUGCUCAAGGCUACACACAACGCGAGAGAAGGGCUUUCUGAAACGCUCUUUCCUUUGGGAUGACUUCAUCAUACUACAUCUGACAGAUUACCCAAAUUAUUUGGGAAGGAACGCCUCUCAAGCUUCCAGGACAAUGAGUUAUGAGGAGUACUUCUGCGCAACAUUCUUGCACCCCCGAUACAAGAAGCGAAAUCUCACUGCCGGCGGAAUCGAUGUGGCCGCUUCUCAAUCUGUCACCCCAGUUAUUUCAGAAAGCCUGCCCGUCUCCACCCAAGUGACAACCAAGGGGAACCCCAAUCAGAACCAACCGGCGGAUAGCGAAGACGCCAACCCUUCCUUUACAGCAAGUCUUGUGGACAGGUUCUCGGAGUUUCAUGCCCGGUCUUUUGGUCAUACCGAGACUGGGCAUAGUCCUAGUUCUCUGAAACGUACCACUGCACGAUCUUCAAUCUUGCCCUCCGAGGAUACCGAUUCCUAUGAUAGUAGCGAAUCAGACAGCAUCUCCAUCAAAGAAGAGCCAGACGAUUCUUCUAUGGUGCUAGAUGCAUCGCAUGCAUCGCAGGUGAAUCAAGACAGAGAGAUGGCCACUCCAACACAACCUGGCACACAUGUGGCCUCCCCGACAUCUACUAAGAAAUCUACCAACAAAGGGGGAAAUGAUGAAGCCGAUAUCGACGACAUGCCAGAAACGGACGAUACCCAUCACGAGACAGCUAGCAUUGAACUUGGCGAUGAUACCAACGACCGUCACACAUCGGUCACUCGCAGCAUCAGCCCUGUAGCGGCGCCCAUUAACAAUUUCGACACCGAGCCGCAAAGGGAGAAAAAGCGAAACUGGUUCAGCUCUCUCAAAAAUAUAUUGCCGCCCAAGAACACCUUGUCGACGAAUCCUCGCUGGUCUCACGACCCGAACACGCCAUUCAAGCGCUGGGCUCAUCAAGACCAAAAUGUUCUCCAGGAAAUUAACCGUCGCGGUGGUACCAAGGUCCUGCUUGACGAAAGGGGACUUAUCUGUCGACCCACCUACAAUCGGGAGUUGAAAGAUCGCCUCAACUCCUAG